GUCUUUAAAUUUCUUCGCAAUUUAACCAUCAAAUUGUCCAUUUUCUUCGGCAAUGGGUUCAUCUUCAUCAAAGCCAGUCAUUUCCAUGUCUCGCAUUAAGAAACAUGGUUCAAUUGAUGUUGAUGGUUUCAUUCAAGAUAUUGAUGAUGAUGAUUUGAGUCAACAAAUCGAGUUAUGGAUGAAUAAGGAAAUACAUAUUGCAAUAACUGGAGAAUUUGGAACAGGAAAGUCAUCUUUUAUCAACGCUGUGAGAGGACUUCAAGCAAAUGAUAAGGGUGCAGCACCAGUUGGUAAUAAUGAGUCAAACUUAGUGCCGACUGAGUACACUCAUCCUGAAAAAGAAAAUAUUAAACUAUGGGAUCUACCUGGCAUUGGAACAUAUACAUAUCCUAAUCUAAAAGAAUAUUGCAAGAUUGAGGGUGGUCUAAAGAAAUAUGACGCUUUUCUUAUUUUUUCCAAAACACGAUUCACUCACCAUGUUCAAAAGCUAGUUGAAAAAGUUUCAAAAGAGCUUCAAAAGCCUUUCAUUUGCGUUUGCACAAACGUUGAUCUCGAUCUGAAAAAAGCCAGAGAAGAUGAAGGAUCACAAUUUAAUGAGGCAUCAGUCAUGGAAAACAUAAAGAAAGAGUGUUUGAAAAACUUGGGAGAUUUGAUUGAAGAUGAAAGAGAUAUUUACACGAUUUAUGACAAGGCUCCAGAGAAAUUCAGUCAGUUGUGUCGGAAUGUGAUCUCAAAGUUGAUAGAACGGCGAAGUUUACGCUUUUUAGAGACCUUGAAGGAUUUAAUUUAUAAAAAUAGCUCAAUUACUAAAGAUGAACAAAGCGCACUUCUUGCCCAAGCAAAGGAUCACGUUGAUCAUCAUGGCGUUUCUGGUAUCGAAGAUUUUUACCAUCGCCAAAUGAAUGAGUUCGAAAAGAUGGAGAUAAAUCUUGCCAUAACAGGAGUUUCCGGAGCAGGAAAAUCAUCUUUCAUCAACGCCGUGAGAGGACUUGAAAAUUACGAUGAUGGUGCAGCACCAGUUGGGAUUAACGAUGUGACCAAGAAACCCACUCCAUAUUUACACCCAAAUAAUAAAAACAUCAUUUUCUGGGAUUUACCUGGCAUUGGAACACCUACAUACCCCGAUCUUGAAACAUACUGUAAAAAAAUUGGUGGUCUAGGGAUGUACGACGCAUUUCUUAUUUUUUGCCAAAAAAGAUUCACUCACCAUGCUAAAGAACUGGCCAAGAAAGCUUCAAAAGAGCUCAAGAAAACUUUCUUUUUUAUUCGCACUAAUGUUCACACCGAACUCAAUAAUGCGAAGGAUGACGAAGGAUCAGAAUUUGAUGAAGCAUCUGCAUUGGAAAUAAUAAAGGAAGACUGUCUUAAGAAUCUGAAAGAUUUGAUCUGGCAUAAGACUGACAUAUUCUUGAUCGACAACAAGGUCAUGGAGAAAUAUGAUUUUGGUCGUUUGAUCGAAUCUAUCUCAGAGGCUUUACCACAUCGUAAAAUGGAAUGCUUUAUCCUUUCUUUGACAAAUGUGACUCGUAACAUCAUAAAACGAAAGGCAAAGCUGUUGAAAGUUCGAGCAACUGUAAUGGCUGCUGUUGCAGCUUGUGCGAGCAAUGUUCCUCCUGUUGGAAAUCCACGACCUCUCAACGUAACUUUGCUUUUAGAAGAAAUGACUUAUUACGAGAGCAAAUUCGGUCUUCCCAAAAAAGGAACUGACAAAUUUAAGGCGUUAAGCCAAGAAUCGUCUGCUCUCUUGUCGAAAUAUUCUAUGGAUGCGGAUCCUGAUCCAUUUGAAAUUAUGUUCUUAUCAACGUCAUCGUUUUCUAACGUUCAUAAUUUUCUUUUAAACUGCAUUAAUGAUAUGGAAAAAGUUGCUCUUGACAUUUGGGAUGAAGCGUUAAGUCGUCGAAGUGUAAGCUUUUUAGAGACCUUGGAUGUAAUUUAUAGCUCAAUUGCUAAAGAUGAACAAAGCGCACUUCUUGCCCAAGCAAAGGAUCACAUUGAUCGCCAUGGCGUUUCUGGUAUCGAAGAUUUUUACCAUCGCCAAAUGAAUGAGUUCGAAAAGAUGGAGAUAAAUCUUGCCAUAACAGGAAAUUCUGGAACAGGAAAAUCAUCUUUCAUCAACGCUGUGAGAGGACAUAAAGCUUAUCAUGUUGGCGCAGCACCAGUUGGGAAUGAAGAAACGACAAUAGAACCCACUAAAUAUAAAUAUCAGAAACAUGAAAACAUCAUUUUGGGGGAUCUACCUGGAAUUGGAACACCUAUAUAUCCUAAACUUAAAGAUUACUGUGAAAAUGUUGGUGGUCUAGAGAAGUAUGAUGCAUUUCUCAUUUUUUGCAAAACACGAUUCACUCAACAUGACAAAGAGUUGGCUGAGAAAGUUUCACAAGACAUCGAAAAACCUUUCUUUUUUGUUCGCACCAACAUUAAAAGCGAACUCGAUAACGCCAAAGAUGACAAAGGACCACAUUUCAAUGAAAAGCCUGCUUUGGAUAAAAUGAAGACAGACUGUCUAAACAAUCUGAAAGGUCUGAUCAACGAUAAGGAUGAGGUAUUCUUGAUCGACAACAAAGUCACAAAGAAAUAUGAUUUCGAUCGUUUGAUUGAAUCUAUCUCAGAAGCUUUACUACAUCGUAAAAUGGAAUGCUUUAUCCUUUCUUUGACCACUGUGACACGAGAAAGCAUAAAACGAAAGGCAAAUUUGUUGAAAGCUCGAGCAACAAAACUGGCUGGUGCAAAGUCAAAACGUGUUCGUAAAGAUGGACCAGUUUUUAACAUACAUUUGGUUUUGAAUGAAGUUAGAUUUUACUGUCACCAGUUUGGUUUUCCUAUUGAAGGAUCCGAUGAAUUUAAGGCGUUGAAUAAAAAAUCAUCGGAUGUCAUAUUGAAUUAUAUUUCAAUCAAUCUCGAAACUCUUAUUAAAGAUUAUGGUAUGGAUUCUGAUUUUAUUACACUUUUCUGGAAGAAGUCGCUAUUAGAGUCAUGGUAUCGUACGGUUCAUAAUUUUCUUUCAAUCUGCAUCAAUGAUCUAGAAGAAGUUGCUCUUGACAUUUGGGAUGCAACAGUAAAAAACAGUCGUAUUUGACAAGAAUACAUUGACGCUAUUGCCCAAAACUAUUCAUUCGCCUUUAAAAUCAACAGCCUAUUUAUACCUGAUGGUACAGAAAUAUAUCUCGUGAUUUUGAAGAAGAUAUCAACACUAAUUUAAAAUUCUUUUAUUUGAUUAUUUUAAUAAUAUUUACAGCAGUCGUUAAAUAUACGUACAUGUACCCGUGCAUACAUAGCAAAUGUUAAAACUUUCACAUUUUGUUUUUUCCAAAUGUAAUUGUAUGCACUCCCUUAGUAAAAGCAACAGGAAAACGCAUUUACUUUUAGAAAAUAAUUUUUAUCAUAAUUUCGUUGUCUCUUCUUAGAAACAUAAACUUUAUGAUAUUUACAUUUCACAGUAUUGAUUACUUUAUUAUGAUUGGAAAUGCAAAUACUGCUAAUUAUAUAAAUAUGUUAUAAAACUGUUCUUUUUCUCUAAACCUGAAGAAAUGUUAUGCUGAAUAGUUCUUACUAUAAUGUUACAGAAAAAACAUAAGUAUCUUAUUCUUAAAAGUUGAACCAUUACCAGCUAGCCGACAAUUUUGUGUAGUACAUUAUGAAACAUACUCCCAAUAAAAAGUUCACGUUCAACUCAA